GUGCGCAUGCUCGAUGGAGGCGGAGUUUUGUGGAGAAGCAAAACACUGAAUGACCCGGAACCGGGCGUCGCGGACUGAUUACCCUGACACUGACUUGUUGACCCAGUAAAUCAGGACAACCGGGACAGAGAAGCGCAGCGUUACCGCGGUUGUGUGUAGCAGAGGUGCUGGCGCUGCUGUUGUCACUGGAGCUCAGCCUCAGGACAAAAGGCGACAUCUGGUUAUUAUGGGGGAGGUGGUGACAGCUGUAUACUGAGGCUCCGUCAGAGGGGCGCUAUAGGCUGGUUACUAUGGUGACUAUGACAGUAUGGUUGUACAGUGAGUUUUAGCUGUCACCUCUCACCUGUACAGAUAGGGGGCAGCACGUUACAUUGGGGGAUAUGAGGACCAGUCUGGAGGUCCAUUGACAGGAGAUCAGGUGACUGUCACCUCUUUGCGCCCAUUAUUACUGGGGUAUGAGGUGAGAUCGCACCCUCUCACCCCUCACCACUAUGUCUCACUGGCUAUUUCCAUGGUCCAGCUCCAUUAAGACGCGGGCGUGCCGCUACCUCCUGCAGCAUUACCUGGGGCACUACCUGGAGGAGAGGCUGAGCCUGGAGCAGCUGAGCCUGGACCUCUACAAUGGAAGCGGACGGCUCACCGACAUACAUCUGGACAUCUGGUCAGUGAAUGACCUCCUGGAUUCGGCGGGGGCUCCGCUUGAGAUAAUUGAUGGCUUCAUUGGCAGUAUUUCAGUUACUAUCCCGUGGUCGGCGCUUGUGACAGACAACUGUACUCUGGAAGUCUCUGAACUGCAGGUUACUUGUCGGCCAAAAUAUAGAACUGGUUCAGGAGGUCCAGAGUCACACAGCUGGUCCUCAUGUAUGACCACCAGCAUGCAGCUAGCCCAGGAGUGCCUAAAGGAGCAGGCUGAGGAACCUUCAGAGCCUCCUCAGCCCAUUGAAGGACUGGAAAUGUUUGCACAAACUAUAGAGACAGUGCUUCGGAGGAUUAAGGUGACCUUCUUAGAUACCAUUAUCCGAAUUGAAAAUAUGCCAGCAGAUUCUACCAGUGGGACAGCCCUGGAAAUUCACAUUAAAAGACUAGAUUAUUGUGAUGAGGCUGUUAGAGACUCUGGUCAGACCUUCCCUGUGGAUAUACAUCAACCCCCAGCAUUUAUCCAGAAGAUCCUUCAGCUCAGUGGCGUCUCACUACAUUAUGAAGAUUUCAAGAACCGGCGACACACACAUUCUCCUACACCUGAUCCAGAGAACCUUUCUGAUCCUAGUAAGCACACAGAAACUGAUUCAUCUCAAGCAGCAGCGGCUGCUAGUCGACCAGCACAACCCCCUAGUACCCCUACCCUCCAAAUUGGCAGCUGCUCUGGAUGUACAGAAUUGGUCAUCAAACUAAAGCAGAAUGACAUGUUUCCAGGACCGAAGAUGGAGAUUGAUGGGAAGAUCGGGUCUCUUCACUUGUUCCUGAAUCCACAUCAGAUAGCAAACUUGCAACAGCUAUUGGAUGCUUUAAGUACUUCAGAAUCCAACAGUGUUAGGGAGAAGUUGCUGAAGAGUCGCCCUCUUGACAUGGAAGAUCUGAAGCUUAUAGAACAGGAUCUGAACCAACAGCUUCAUUCUGGACCUGGAUCCUUAUAUGUGCCAGAUCCUGAGCUUGUUUCAUUUCAGAAUUUGGAGAAUGGAGAUAUGUUUUUCUCUAUGGCGGCCAUGACAAAUAGUGUCACUUCUAUUCGAUCUACAAGUGAAUUGACAGAUGUGGACCUUGACUCUUCAAUUUACAGUGAUUACAGCAGUCCCCAAUUCCAGGGACCAGCCUUUGCUCCUGGCUUAAUGCUCAGCAGCCCUAGACGAUUUGGAAACUCACCAUUCUCUGCCACUAUCCCACCACUGCAAAACCUCAACAGGAUGCAAGGUAAACAGUCUUCCUCAUCCCCUCUGGAACCUCUCAAACCUGAGAUGCUGCUGAAACUGACAGUAGGUGGUCUUACAAUCACUGUGCCACAUAUUCCUACCGAUGCCACUAAUCCCCAAGAUUCUGCCUAUAGGGAGGCAGCAAAUCACUUUUUUAAGGAGCUAGGGUAUUUCAAAGAUGGAGCCUUCAGUGGGCGGGACUUCGGCCACCUGCGGGAGAAUUUUCAAAGAGCUUGUCGGCUGAGCAAUGUCAGAAUGACAGCCCUUGCAGUUCAGAUAGUUGGUGAGCAGAGAUUGGGCAAAGGAUGCCAGCAAAGCAGUAUUGACCUCAGUUGUGGAAUGCUGGAGAUUUUAGAAUGUCUGUGGCAAGGAGACAGCAAGUCCAGCAAGGAUAAAGUCCCAGAAUACACUGAGCUCAUGAUCUUCCAUAGUCCAGCAUCCUCAUCUCGUCCCUGUGCCCAAGUACAUUACAAGCGGAUUCACAGGACACCAUCCAGAAGUAGCCGUAAGAAGCAAGCAGUGAAAGUGAGCGCAGAAAUCAGAGUGGAGCUGGAGGACUUUAAAACAGAGUUUGACCUGGGUCUCUUUGACCGGCUGGGCUCCCUCUUUCAAGAUAAGGCUACAAAAGAAGCAAGCCCACAAGGACACUUUGACUUGCACUUGAAUGAAGUCUCUCCUGCUCCUGAAGAGGACACAGAGAUCCACAUACUGGCUUCCAAAGCACACAUGCAUCUUCAGUUUCCAGUACCAGACUUAAGGCCUGCUGCGGAACGCCGGUUUUGGGCCCAGAAGGCUAUAAGGAAGGAAUGUCUGGAAAUGGAGGUGACAGAUAUGGAGAUUAGUACACACAGAAAAACUGGUACAGAAGAACCUAGCAAGAUAGAGAUAACAUUUGGAGACCUACAUGGUGUAUACUCUGAUGGAAACAAAUUGCAUGUUCCAUGUAUGAAGAUCAGUAAAGGAAUAGAUCCUCUCGCUAAACCAGGUGGAAAGAAAUUCAUCUUUCCGAGUAUUUUAGUGACCCUCCUUCCUGAAAACAAAGCCUCCCCAUGGGAUUUAUGCCAGGACAAAAUUGAAGACUUAGACCUUCCAUCUGUGGAAAGUCCUUGUGAAUUAAAACAGCCAGAGCCAUCGCCGUUCUCAUCUAAAAGGACGAUGUUUGAAACUGAAGAGAUGGUUAUUCCAGCUGACCCAGAAGAAAUGGCAGAUUUUCAGCAAGUGACCCUCGAAUCCUCCCAAUAUAGGCUUGAAGUAACUCUACCCAGAGCUCAUAUAUUUCUUCCCAGCAAGGACAUGUAUGAAAACUUAUACAACAGGUUGUGUAAUGAUCUCUUGAUGUGGGAACCUAUGUUUGUGUUUGAUGCCCCCAUGACUGACUCUCUGUUCCCUUCUGAGACAAUAUCUACACCUAGUUACCAACAGGACACUUUCCGCAUGUGCAAGUCAGCAUUCAGACUAGAUUCUGAUUCAGAAGAUGAAGAUUCCCAUUUUUACUCUGUUGAUGAUACUGCAAAGUGCAGAAAAGGGUCACAAGAUGGUCAAAGCUUCUUCUCUGCUGCUAUAACCAUUUUAAAAGGACGGGUUACAGCUUGGACUGAAGCCAAGAAUGAAGGAAACAAGAGACAGGAGAACCACCAUGGUGAAGUCAUUUUGGAUGUUGAAAAUGGUCAUAUUUUCAGUGUUUCAAAGUACAAAGGCAACACUGACCUCAGCUACCUAUGUAUAGAGUCUGAUAUUGUAUCCCUUUAUCACAAAGCUUCUGUAGAAGAUUAUUUACCACCAAACAUUCUAGAAAUUCCCACUUUUGUACCACCUGCAAACUUGAACCCUACGAUAUAUAUCUCGGAGGAGGGGGUCUCUGCACAGCUGUCAGGAGCUCGAAAAGAUAAGAGCCCCAAGAUGCUCUCGCUUUCUGUCCGCAUUGACCUGAACCUUGUGAAGAAUGUGAAGGAAUUCCUGGUGGCUCUGAGACUUGAUGGUGCUACUUUACGUCACCAUAUGGCACUUCCAAAUCAAAGCUGGCACAGUCAAAUCAUGGAUUUUCUGGAUGUAGUUGAUGAUCCCAUUUUAGGCUACAGACCCCCAGCUGUCAUCACUAUACUGCACAUCCAUCUCUUUAGCUGUGCCGUGGAUUAUAGACCACUCUACCUCCCCGUCAGAGUCCUCCUUACGGCUGAAACAUUUACGCUAUCCAGCAACAUAGUAGUGGACACCUCAACCUUCCUUCUCAGAUUUAUUUUAGAUGAUUCUGCUCUUUAUCUGUCAGAUAAAUGUGAAGCCGAGAUUACAGAUUUAAAGAGAGAUUUCGUCUGUGUCCUGGAUGUGGAUCUCUUAGAACUGGUCAUCACCACAUGGAAAGGAAACUCUUCCUCCAAACUGACUCAGCCUCUCUUUGAACUGCGGUGCUCUAACAACGUCCUCCAUAUUCACACCUGUGCAGACUCCUGUGCCAUGCUUGCCAACCUCACCCAGUAUGUGAUGAACAAUGGAGAUCUGCACUGUCCUCCAAAACCUGAGCCACCCACUGAGAUUGCAGGACAGAAAUUACAGCCUCCAGAGGGGCCAUCUUCUCUACCUCCAUGUUUUCCUGCAGAGACUGCUCAAAUCAACCAGGGUGACUUGACUGAUGCCCUUAUAGACACGGGAAAGAGCAGCAAAGAGCACUCUGAGGCAGGAGAGCCAUUUAUUCGACAGAACUCCCCUGUGUCCGUUUACCUUUUCCCUGAAGAAGUUUCCUCUGCGAAUAGAAUAGGGACAAUCCAGCCAUCACCUCCACCUCCAGGUUCACAUUUAUCACAGGAGAGCCUUGGGGGCUCAGAUACCAGUGGAGAUAGUGAGCUGACAGACACAGAUGACUUCUGUAUUCUUGAUGCCCCUGGGAUUGGUGUGCCCCCAAAGGAUGGAGAACCUGUUGUGAGAAAACUAGUGGAUAGCCCUAUUUUGGUGAAGGAUGGACACUUUUCUCGCCCACUUGGUAGCACUGACUUAUUGAAGCCUCCAGCUAAAUUUCCUGUGCCAGAGACUCGUAUAGUACUAAGAGAGAUUUCUGUUGUAUGGCACUUAUAUGGAGGAAAAGAUUUUGGCAGCAGUCGGCCAAACUCUGCAAGGACGCAGUCACCCAGGACAAGAGCAAGUAUGCCAAGUGCCCGUGGGUCUCCAUCCCGGUCCUCUGUAACAAACCGUCCUCAAAACACUUGGAGAACACAGGGUGGGAACGGCAGGAUCCAUGACAUUUUAAUGGAGAUCCAGUUGACCAAAGUCAGCUUCCAGCAUGAGUCCUAUCCAGCACCCUCUGAGCCAGGGCCAGAAAAGCUCCAAGUAGAUGAUGUGGUAGAAGUCCCACUUGCCCGUCAAGUGUUUAUAGUCCAAGAACUGGAGAUUAGAGACCGUCUGACAUCUUCUCAUAUCAACAAGUUUUUGUACUUGUACACUAGUGAAAAGAUGCCAAGGAGGGCGCACUCAAAUAUGCUAACAAUAAAAGCCCUCCAUGUGCAUCCUGAGGCCGGGUUAGGGGGUCCUGAAUGCUGCCUCCGAAUGUCCUUAAUGCCACUCCGCCUAAACAUUGAUCAGGAUGCUCUCUUCUUUCUGAAAGACUUCUUCACUAGUUUGGCCUCUGGUAUUCAGCCUGUGGUUGCUAUGGAGGUUGGUUCAGAUGCAUCUCGUAUGGAAAGCCUUAGAAAACACAGUGCCUCAGAUUGUGAAGGAGGAUUGGAGAAUUCCUUGGAUUCCAAUGAGGAGGACACGUCAUCUCUUAGCUCAGCAUCUGACCAGCCUAUUUACUUCAGAGAAUUUCGCUUCACAUCGGAGGUGCCGAUCUGGCUGGAUUAUCAAGGCAAACACGUAACCACAGAGCAGGUGGGAACAUUCGCUGGAAUAUUAAUCGGACUGGCCCAGUUAAACUGCUCAGAACUGAAACUGAAGCGACUGUACUGCAGGCACGGGUUGCUUGGAACAGACAAGGUUUUCUCUUAUGCUCUCAAUGAGUGGCUGACGGACAUUCGCAAAAAUCAGCUGCCAGGGAUUCUGGGAGGAGUGGGCCCCAUGCAUUCUGUUGUACAGCUGUUUCAUGGAGUGCGAGAUCUCUUUUGGCUGCCCAUUGAACAAUACAGGAAGGAUGGCCGCAUCAUUCGUGGCUUGCAGAGAGGAGCAGCAUCUUUUGGCACCUCCACAGCUUCGGCGGCACUAGAACUCAGUAAUCGGCUAGUUCAAGCCAUACAGGCCACGGCAGAGACUGUGUAUGACAUUCUUUCACCAACACCGCCUGUUUUACGUGGCUCACUUGAUGUUAGACAGCCACGUAGACUGAGGAGAGGACAUCAGCCUGCAGAUCUACGGGAGGGAGUGGCAAAGGCCUAUGACACCGUACGAGAGGGUGUAAUUGACACAGCUCAGACUAUACGCGACGUAGCAUCACGUGGCCACGAACAGAAGGGCUUGACUGGCGCUGUUGGCGGAGUCCUGAGACAGAUUCCACCCACUGUGGUAAAGCCAUUCAUAGUGGCCACCGAGGCAACAUCAAAUCUCUUAGGAGGGAUGAGAAAUCAAAUAAGACCCGAUGCCCACAAAGAGGACUCUCUAAAGUGGAAAGCAGAUGAGGGGCAAGACUGACAAAAAACAAACUCUCUGCCCUUAAAGUGCCAAAGGAAAACUGCAAUAUGUGAAGAUGUCUGGAGUUUGGUUUGCUGGGUCUGCGUAUCGAGCUGUCAACAUCACUGCAUGACCACACUUGGACAAUGAAAGCCACUCCCUACAGUACUUGAUUUUUACCCAUAAGCCUUCUGUUGAAUAUUUCUAUGACUCGCAUUUCUCCGCUUCUGUAUUAUCCUUCUCAUGUAUCCAAGAACCUUCCUUUGCUCUAUUUGACAAAUCAUGGAGUGACUUUAAUAGGGAAAAUACUUUAAGCACUUUUAUUGCAAUGGUGGCCUUGAAACGCAGACCCCUGUUCUCUGGACCUAAGCUGUGCAUUAACCUUUCUAGCAAAGAAGCUUGUAUUCAUCCCAUUUGAUUUACUGACCCAUUUAACUGGAGAUACAUGGUGCACAAUGCAGGAGUGUCUGGUCACAUGAAGGGACGCUGCAGCCUCGAUCAUCCCGAAUGUUGCUUUUUAUAUCUUAAUGCUUUCUUCUGACUGUGAGGCCAAAUAAGUAUAAAUAAUAUAUAUAUUAUAAAUAAAGUAUGUAAAGAUACAGUGACCUGGAAACAAUGUAA